AUGAUCUCUUCCCUCCUGCGCACUAAGGGAUGGAUAGUGCCAAACUACCCUCUUCCGCAGUCCACCGACGGCUCUGACAAAUGGGAAGUGUUGAGAGUCGUCUUCAGAUCUGAGAUGAGCAUGGACUUGGUGCAGUUGCUAUUAACCCACAUUCACCUGACGGUCCAGAAGCUGAUUAAAUGCAGCAAUUCAAUUCCAGAAGGUUUGAGUGUGGGUGAGCGCAGGUAUGCGAUUUACAACAUGAUGCUGAUCUUGGCUUCUCCGGAGAGUACCGUGGACGACGAGGCAAGCCACCACAAGAGAAAGAACUACAGAGGUACGUGCUGA